AUGCUGUCCACUUCGGUUCCAAACAACUGCACCUUCUCGCCUGCUUCCGCCACUCCUCACCUGACAAUCAAUCACGAUGUGGCCGCCGACCUCGACUCUACCAACGCUUUCGAAGGUCCUGAGAAGCUUCUAGAGGUUUGGUUCGCUCCUAGUCCUUCGACUCUGCCUCCUACCGCUGCUGCCAAUGGAUUGAAGGCUGUUCCAGCUGAUACCUGGGUUCCCAUGCUUGACAUGGUCAACUGCAAGGUUUUGUCGGUCCUCGAGUCCGACAACAUGGACGCUUACCUCCUCUCCGAGUCGAGCAUGUUUGUCUUUCCUCACAAGAUCAUUCUCAAGACUUGUGGAACCACCACUCUUCUUCUCGGUCUCCAGCGCAUGCUUCACAUUGCUGCCAAGUACGGCUUCCCCUACCACAAUGCCAACUCGGCCGACGACAUCCAAGCUGCUGCGACCCCAUACCGCGUCUUCUACAGCCGCAAGAACUUUUUGUUCCCCGAGAAACAGCAGGGUCCUCACCGUAGCUGGAAGCAGGAGGUCAAGUACCUCGACGACAUGUUUGACGGUGGCAGCGCCUACAUGGUGGGCAAGAUGAACGGCGAUCACUGGUACCUGUACCUUACCUCGCCCAACCAGCAGGCCCUCACCCCUCCUCGCACUCCCGAGUCCGAAAUCGACGGGCGCAUCCCCGUCGGAGCUCCAUUCACUGCUCCUCCCGGCAGCUACCAUGACGAGACUCUGGAAAUCCUCAUGACGGACCUUGAGCCUGAAAACGCCAAGCAGUUCUAUCUGUCGCACGCGAGUGCGGUCGCCAGCGACAAGAUGGCUGCCGAGGCAAAGGAUGCUCGCAAGGAAGCCAUCGAUAGUCUCGGUGGCCUUGGCGGGACAGUUGACGAGGUGGACGUCUUUGCCAAUGACGAUCCCGACAGCAACAUGCUUGAUUCUGUCGAGGCUCUCACCACCGAAGGUCACGCAUUGGGAACUGUGGUUUCGGAGAGUUGCGGCCUCUCCAGCGUGUACCCCACAUCCAAGUACCCCGAUGCCCGCGUCGACGCCUACCUUUUCAGCCCCUGCGGCUUUUCCGCCAACGGUGUCGUUCCUCCUGUUGAAGGCAGCAAGGGUGAGCAUUACUUUACAGUCCAUGUCACCCCCGAGCCUCAGUGUUCGUUCGCAUCGUUCGAGACCAACGUUCCCGGCGGCCAGAGCGGACGCACCACCACCGAGAUCAUUGAACACGUCGUCGAGAUCUUCAAGCCGGGUCGUUUUAGCGUGACUCUGUUCGAAGCCAAGGGCGCUGCUCAGAACCCAUACUGCAUGGGCGAUGACGAGAGCAACAACUGGGCUGCCAAGCGCCUUGUUGAUCCUGUUCGAGGAUAUCGACGAAUUGAUCGGAUCGUUCACGAUUUCGAGGAUUAUGAUCUUGUCUUUCGCUUUUAUGAGCGUGAGGGAUGGGCUGGUAGCAAGACUGCCCGAGUUGGAGAGCCUAUCAGUCCUACCAAGUGA